UUCAACUGAGUUUUAGCCAUUUAGCUUCUUUCACCCUCACUCACUGAGGAGGCUCUCGCGGGCUCCAUCUAGCGGUGUGCAGUCAGUAACCCGAAUAAAGAACCAGCCAAUCCGAGCGGAGGGGGGCGGGGCCUGUCCGAAAACGUGUGGGGAAACAACGCGGCAGCGCUGACUGACAGGGCUUGUCCCACCACUGAAUGAGGAAGGAGAUUUCUGUUCUCUAACCUGUGGUCUUACUAUCUUCCUAACUAAAUAAACACACGCAGUUCUCACUCAGAAAACGUUCAGUUAAACCUUAAACCGUUCAAAGAGGGAUGUGGGAUGUUCUCUCGCCAUUUUAUCGGCCGUAAAGGCGACCGUCUCCCCUGUUUAUCAGGUCAGUGGAGGCUGUGUUUAUCGCUGGAAUGCUAAAGGCGCUUCUAAAACACAUUAAAUCGUUUCCCUGGGUGAGUAAUGUGACCGUGUACGGCUGCCUGUUCGCUGGCGGGGACCUCGCCCAGCAGUGCCUCUCCGGCUCCGAGAAGCUGGACUGGGGCCGCACCAGAAAUGUGGCCGUGGUGGCUUUUGGUUUCCAUGGCAACUUCAGCUUCCUGUGGCUGCGCUUUUUGGAGCGGAGGUUUCCCGGGAACUCGGUCAGCAUGGUGCUGAGGAAGCUGCUGCUGGACCAGACGGUGGCGGCACCUUUAGCCACGAGCGUGUUUUACACAGGGGUAAGCUUUUUAGAAGGGAAGAAUGACAUACUAGAGGACUGGAAAAAGAAGUUCCUCAACACAUACAAGAAAACCCAGUUUUCUACAAUUUUAUUUUUGUUUUCUGUGUUGCAGACCGGACUCAUGUACUGGCCAUUUAUGCAGUUCCUGAACUUCUCCCUGGUCCCCCUGUACCUGCGCACUAUCUUCACAGGCUGCUGUGCUUUCGUCUGGGCCACAUUCCUCUGCUUCUCACUGCAGAAAGGGGAUGGCACCAUGACAGCAGCUCUCGACUGGAUACACCAGCUGAAAAAAAAGUGAAGACACAGGAGACCAGCAGAAACAAUUGAUUGUAAAAGUCCUGAUCCACAGUGUAUGGACAAGCAUUUAUGCUUACGUUGCAUCAAAAGAAUUUUAAAGAAUUCUCCGUAAUUAUACAUUUGGAUAUGAUCAUCUGUAUCAUAAUAGAUACAGAUACAGAUGUAGUUCCAUAAAUAUAUCAAGAGUAUUGUGGCCUGCUAAUAUAAGUCUUUUGUUUUUUCUUCUUUUUUUUAAAAUUUGCCUUCUGUAAAUUACUUGAUUUUAAAGAACACUAGUUAUAUCUUACGCCCUUGCAAGGUCUGUUGUGAUGCUCAUUGCUAUCUUAUACCUCACCAACAGUCUAUGUUUACAAAGUGUCUCUGUGUCAUUUAAAUAGUGACAGAGCUUACAAAUAUAUCUAUAUUCGAAAUGAGGUGUGUUCAUGAGGUGUGGUACAUAUCUGGUGUAUUGCAAUCUUGGCAACGGAAAACACAGAUGCGCCUCUGAGCCAAGAGAACAGUCAACUGUCAGAUCAGAUGUUCAUUGCUAUACUGGUAAUGCAAGCACACCGCACAGUCAAUGCGAAUACAAAAGAAAAUAUCAUUGCUGUUCCAUUAAAUUACCUGCUCGCGCACCUUCACGUCCUCUGUCCUCUGCUGAGAAGCGCAGAAUUGCUCCGCCUAUAUUUGGGUUUUUGUAUAUUUAAGAAAACGUUUUCUGGACUAGUAAGUAACCUUAUAGUUGCUGUAACAAUUUUUAUUUGAAAGUACCAAUGCAGAAAGUUAGCAUAAUCAUAUUGGUAUUAACACAUAUAUAUUUAAAUCAGCAUUAUAUAUAUAUAAUCAGCAUUAGACAGUUACCAAUAUUUCCAUCCUGUAUUAAUGAUGAACAGCACUGUGUGACAGUUUUUGAUAAGACAAGACAAUAUUCACUACAUUUGUGAUUUUGAACAAAGAUGAAAUGUGGCCUUUGCCUCUCACACACAAACACACACACCUUCUCAUGGGCAAAACCAUUGACUGUAUAUAAGUACUGUAUUGAGUAAAUAAACACUUGCUGUGCAUAUAAGGAACUUAUUCAUUCAAGAUUUUACAAGUGUAUACGUAUUUUCCAGAGUACUAUAUUUAUUGAUACAAGUCCUGAGUAGCAUGUUUAGGUGAUGCACUCAAGAUCAGCUGAUAUUCAGCAUUAGGAAAAUCUAAAUCAGUUGGGCAAAAACAAUAGAUCAAGACAUCCAUAAAAGUAUAAAUGCAUUCAUCUUUUUUGUUUGUUUGUUUUACAGUUUUAAUGGUUCAUGCUUGUAUUAUCUACAAGAACAAUGUAUGUGAUGGACAUAUAUUAAUUCAGUUUGGUAAAUUCCGUCAUGUGUUGCUGUUUUUUUCUAGAAAUGUUUUAGAAAAGUGUUGGUACAAAAACAAAAUUUUGAUUUCAAUGUUUUUACUGUUGCCAGUUUAUACUGUUACUGUUGCUUACUGUCAGCAGCAAAAAAAUCUAUACAUUUUGUAAUACUUCAUUGAUGUUUGCAUGCACUCGUAUGUUAUUAAGCAUUUAACCACUGAAAGAUCAGAACUGGAAAAAGGUUUAAUAUCUAAGAAAGUAUAUCUGAUACACUUAAAAAAAUACUGCCUUAUUGUAUUAGUAUUUUAUGCGUAUAUGUUGAAAAAUAUAUUUAAAGUUAUUGUUAUACAUUUUAGAUAAGAAUUUAAUGAAACGUACUAAACUCAAUUGGGCCAAAUGCGCCUCAUGAAUGUCAGAAUCAUAUGCAUUCCGUUUUCUUACAGCGGCAGCUUUUGUCUUUAAUUCGUAACAAAUGUUUUAGUAUUAAUAAUGUGUUAAAUAAUGUAUUCGGAGGUAUUUGUGUCAAGAAUUUGUGACUAUAACAGGAGAAUGCUGUUACUUGUGCUUCCUUGAAAAUUGCACUGUAUCUGUAUUUGCUGCAGCUUACAACAAAAAUGACAGACUGAAUUGUAUUCUGAUUUGAGUUCCAGCACUAAGAGGAACUAUAUUAUUUACUGCAUGAAAAUUAACCUCUUUGUUCCUAUAGUAAUUAAUAAAUUAAGUAUAAAUGGCUUUAAA